CUCAAUCAACAAACGUGUUGGAACAGUACUUUGACUAUUAUUUAGCAUCAUGUGGACAUUACACUCCGCCAAAGCGAAAGCUGGCGAUGAUCUGAUGAUCAUCGCACAAUUAGCGAAUUCCAUCGCAAGCCGAAAACCCGACGAUGAAGAUGCGCAGCGACGGGCCCAAGUAGCAACGGCAUUCAUCGAGAAUAUGGGCAUCACACUUCAAGCCCCGACAGCUGGCAGUAAAAUUAUCGCCGAGUCUCUGCCUCGUAAAUCCCAACACUCCGUCAAGUUACCAAUUGAGCUUUACCGAUACCUUUCCUCACAAAUCGAGACACCAGACAUUGCUUGCGCUCUCAUGCUCAUGCAAAACCCUCAACGAAUUUUCCGAGGAACUUAUCUACAAGCACCCCCGAGGCUUUCAGUACUACCAAAACCAGUGGAAAUCCUUGUUCAGCCUCAGGAUUAGGUCUAUUCGUGCAAGUCAUGUGCUGACGCUGGUAUUUCAGUG